AGUGUCAUUCAAAGAGGCGGACUGCCGAGUGCUGGGCGCGGGCGCGCGGUUGCAGUCCUGCUCGGGCGCCGGUGCCUGCGCUCGCGCCGCCGGGUGGGAAGGAUGAAGCCUCAGCUGGAGCAGCCACCCUAUGAUUGGCUGUGGCGCUUGUGAACCCGAAGUAAAGAUGGCGGGCGGGCAGGCAGCCGCCGCACUGCCCACUUGGAAGAUGGCGGCUCGCCGCAGUCUCAGUGCCCGCGGUCGGGGGGUCCUGCAGGCAGCUGCGGGCCGGCUGCUGCCGCUGCUACUGCUGAGCUGCUGCUGCGGCGCGGGCGGCUGCACAGCGGCCGGCGAGAACGAGGAGACCGUGAUCAUCGGGCUGCGGCUGGAGGACACGAACGACGUGUCGUUCAUGGAAGGGGGUGCGCUGCGGGUGAGCGAGCGGACCCGGGUCAAGCUGCGGGUGUACGGGCAGAACAUCAACAACGAGACAUGGUCCCGCAUCGCCUUCACUGAGCACGAGCGGCGCCGGCACACACCCGGCGAGCGCGGGCUGGGGGGCCCCGCGCCUCCGGAGCCGGACAGCGGCCCCCAGCGCUGCGGCAUCCGCACCUCAGACAUCAUCAUCUUGCCCCACAUCAUUCUCAAUCGCCGCACAUCGGGCAUCAUCGAGAUCGAGAUCAAACCGCUGCGCAAGAUGGAGAAGAGCAAGUCUUAUUACCUGUGCACGUCUCUCUCCACGCCCGCACUGGGCGCCGGCGGCUCCGGGUCCGCGAGUGGCGCCGUCGGGGGCAAGGGUGGCGCGGGGGUGGCGGGACUCCCGCCUCCCCCAUGGGCCGAGACCACCUGGAUUUACCACGACGGUGAGGACACCAAGAUGAUCGUGGGCGAGGAGAAGAAGUUCCUGCUGCCCUUCUGGCUGCAAGUGAUCUUCAUCUCGCUGCUGCUGUGCCUGUCAGGCAUGUUCAGCGGCCUCAACCUGGGGCUCAUGGCUCUGGACCCGAUGGAGCUGCGCAUCGUGCAAAACUGCGGCACCGAGAAGGAGAAGAAUUACGCCAAGCGCAUCGAGCCGGUGCGCAGGCAGGGCAACUACCUGCUGUGCUCGCUGCUGCUGGGCAACGUGCUGGUCAACACCACGCUCACCAUCCUGCUCGACGACAUUGCGGGCUCAGGCCUUGUGGCGGUGGUGGUCUCCACCAUUGGCAUCGUCAUCUUCGGGGAAAUAGUGCCCCAAGCCAUCUGCUCCCGACACGGCCUGGCAGUAGGGGCCAACACCAUCUUCCUCACCAAGUUUUUCAUGAUGAUGACCUUCCCUGCUUCUUACCCGGUUAGCAAACUGCUGGACUGCGUCCUGGGCCAGGAGAUAGGCACCGUCUAUAACCGGGAAAAACUGCUGGAGAUGCUCCGGGUCACUGACCCCUAUAACGACCUCGUUAAGGAGGAACUGAACAUCAUCCAAGGGGCGCUGGAGCUCCGCACCAAGACUGUAGAGGACGUGAUGACUCCCCUCCGGGACUGCUUCAUGAUCACCGGCGAGGCUAUCCUGGACUUCAACACCAUGUCCGAAAUCAUGGAGAGUGGCUACACUCGAAUCCCAGUGUUCGAAGGAGAGCGGUCCAACAUCGUGGACCUGCUCUUUGUCAAAGACUUGGCCUUCGUGGAUCCAGAUGACUGUACUCCCUUGAAAACCAUCACCAAAUUUUACAACCACCCCUUGCACUUUGUUUUCAAUGACACCAAGUUGGACGCUAUGCUGGAAGAAUUUAAGAAAGGUAAAUCCCACCUGGCCAUUGUGCAGCGUGUGAACAAUGAGGGUGAAGGGGACCCGUUUUAUGAAGUCCUGGGGAUUGUCACCUUGGAAGACGUGAUUGAAGAAAUCAUCAAGUCUGAGAUCUUGGAUGAGACAGACCUGUACACUGAUAACAGAACAAAAAAGAAGGUGGCCCACCGUGAGAGAAAGCAGGACUUCUCUGCCUUUAAGCAGACGGACAGCGAGAUGAAGGUUAAAAUAUCACCGCAGCUUCUCCUGGCCAUGCACCGUUUCCUAGCAACAGAAGUAGAAGCGUUUAGCCCAUCCCAGAUGUCAGAGAAGAUCCUCCUCAGGCUGCUAAAGCACCCCAAUGUCAUCCAGGAGCUGAAGUAUGAUGAGAAGAACAAGAAAGCCCCCGAGUGCUACCUCUACCAGCGCAACAAACCUGUAGACUACUUCGUUCUCAUUCUGCAGGGGAAGGUGGAAGUGGAGGCUGGGAAGGAAGGGAUGAAGUUUGAAGCGAGUGCUUUCUCAUACUAUGGUGUAAUGGCCCUCACAGCCUCUCCAGUUCCUUUGUCCCUGUCGCGGACUUUUGUUGUCAGCAGGACAGAGGUGUUAGCGGCAGGCUCUCCAGGUGAAAAUAAGUCACCUCCUCGCCCCUGUGGCCUGAACCACUCAGACUCUCUCAGUCGAAGCGACCGGAUUGACGCCAUGACACCAACCUUGGGGAGCAGCAACAAUCAGCUCAAUUCCUCAUUCCUCCAGGUCUACAUCCCGGAUUACUCAGUACGAGCCCUCUCUGACCUACAGUUCGUCAAGAUCUCCAGACAGCAAUACCAAAAUGCCUUGAUGGCAUCCCGGAUGGACAAAACCCCUCAGUCUUCAGACAGUGAAAACACUAAAAUUGAAUUGACUCUUACGGAGCUGCAUGAUGGGUUGCCAGACGAGACGGCCAACUUGCUCAAUGAGCAGAACUGUGUGUCGCACAACAAGGCCAACCACAGCCUGCACAGUGAAGGCGCCAUCUAGGGCUGCACGGCCCCCUCGUCCGGCCGGCCGGCCUCCUGGCCUGUCUGACCAUGACUUCCCACAGUGUGAGCUUGUCCGCCAUGCUGCGUCCUACAGCAUUGAGACCAAAGACUUUGCCCCUUUCCCUGGAGGCCGCAGAGGAUGGCAAGCUGUGAGGACGGCAUGGGGCGGGUAGAGACCAGACUCGAGACGUCGACAGCUGGGGCAUGGCUUUCAAGAAUUCGGAGACAGACUUCUUCCGCCCAAAUAGAAUCAUGUUUAUUUUUUCAGUACCUUUUAUCAUUUCUUUCCUCCCUCAAUUUGCAUGAAUUUAAAAAUUGUUUUGUUUAUUUUUUUCAAGAGAUCAUGUUUUUGUUUUUAAGUGUCUUUUGCAGAGUUCUAAGUUGGUCUGUCUGAACUAACUCUGCUGUGAUCCUAUGAUGUAACCCUAACAGGAUGGACUUGCCCGAGUGGCCUUCCUCGGCUGUCCCCAGGAAGGAUACCUUUCCUCUGUGUGCCGGUGGGUGUCGCUGUCGAACUGGAUGGAUGAAUGAAGAGAACCAUGUCACUGAGGACCGUGCCAAGUCUGUGGGUGUCGGCAGAAGCUGCAGACUGUCCCUCUGCACAUAGUGUUGUUUCGAAAAUGUGUCUAACUGUGUCCCUUUCCCUUCAGGAAGGGUUAACGUUUGUUUGGGAAUGUGAUUUUGCUCCCACCCUAAGGAAUUUUUAUCACCAAAAUGAAUGUUAAUGAAUUUUAAACCCAUGGUUUAUCAUUGGCAAGAGGCAAGUUGACUUCAUCCACAUUCCUGUAACCUGGGGUGGUCUGGGGCAUCAGCUGAGCCACCCCCCACCUUCUGGGCUCUCACUCUUGCUAACCCAAGCUGCUGCUCCAGGUGCCAAAUGGAAACCUUCCAUGGGGCUUCUGAAUGAAAUGCGGUGUGCAGCUCCCUGAGUGCCUCUUUCCCACCAGGAUUUGUGUAUUAUCGAAUGAGGCCGGGGUGGGGUGGACUGUGUACUUGGGCAUUUCUAGACCCAUGUUUUUAAUGGAAGGACAGGGAUUACCUGUCCCGCCCCUCCUUCCACAGAGCCAAGUGCCCCCUCCCAUCUUGUCCCUGAGCUGUAGGCCCACAGGUGGCAGUGGCCCUGCUCGAAGGUGCCUCUUGCUUCAGAUGUGGCCACUGCCAGAGAGGCUGCCUAUACAGCCAGAGUCAGUUUGACCCCAAGUGGAUUUAGAAACCAAAUGUGUGUUUUGACUGUCUCCUGUCUGUCUCUGUCUUAUUUUAAUACCAAAUUUACCAUGUGUUGUGAAAUUCAUGCCAGCGGGUACUGUCUGGGUGACUGAAUCCGUAACUAGCUUGCU